AUGACUUUGGAAGAAGUUAAGCAGCAACGGGCUAAUACUAAGAAAAGUAUAACCCGCAUCAAAAACCAAGUUGAAGCCAAUGGAAGGGGUGAAGGUAAGACACUUUCGUCAGCCGAGUUGAAGUGCCGUUUGGGGAUUUUGGAGUCAUAUUUCAAGCAGAUACUGACGUAUCAAACCCAAAUUGAGAAAUAUGAUCCUGAUGACAAUGGUAGGCCCGAAAUUGAAGACUUGUACAUCGCAGCGAAGAUGAAUAUUCAAGCGCAACUUGGUGAGGAUGUCCACAAUACAACCAUGUCCGACUCUACAAUUUGUUUUCCUGUUAACAACAAUAAAUUGCCUCAGCUCAAAUUGCCCACAUUUAGUGGUAAGUACAGUGAGUACAAAAAUUUUAUAACGUCGUUCAACCAAGUUAUCGAUCGUGAGUUUGGUCUAUCGAAUAUCGAAAAAUUUAACCAUUUGCUGAACUGCCUCCAAGGCCAAGCAUUGGAAACGGUCAAGGCUUUCCAGAUCACUAAUGAAAAUUACCCAAAGGCUCUGGAAAGGCUGAAAACGCGUUACGACAAUAGCUCACUGAUUUUUAUGGAAAAUAUUACCACUCUAUUUGAACUUCCAGCCAUGUCCAAAUACAAUUGCGCACAAUUACGAAGUCUCGUUGAUAAUGUUUCUGCUCUUUAUAGCUCUCUUUUGUCUCUAGGCUCAGAUAGUGACAUUGCUAAUUCGAUGCUGAUCUACAUAGUUUUGGAAAAGGUUGAUGAUGAGACAAAAAGAAAAUGGAAAGACUCUUUGGAUUUCACUGAACUGCCAUCAUGGGAUGAUUGCUCCAAGGUUCUUGAAAGGCAUUGCCAAUUUUUGGAAUCGGUUGACACCAGCCAUACAAAUGUGGCCCACCGUAAGCCUGACAAUCAUCAAUCUGGUAAGUCCAAAUAUAAAAGCUCAAAAACUGGCUAUUCUUUUUCGGUUUCGAAACGUGUUUGUGUUCUUUGCACAAAAACUGACCACACAAUUACUCGUUGCCCUCGCUUCAAAGAUAUGGAUGUCGGUCAACGUUUUGAAAAUGUCAAACGACUAGGGCUUUGUCUUAAUUGUUUGUCAAAAGGGCAUCAAGUUAACAGCUGUUCCUCUACAUUCAAGUGCAAAUCUUGUUCUCGCUUGCAUCACAGUUUGCUUCAUCGGUCUCAGUCAGCUUCUAGGCCCUCGUCCCCGACUGCUGAACCAUCUACUUCUCGUGCUGCCUUGAAUGACUCUCAUGCCUCGGUCCAUACUCAUAUGGAAAAAUCCUCACCGGAACAGGUGCUUCUUGCUACUGCCAUGGUUCUAGUUCGUGACGCUACAGGUCACUAUCAAUUCGGACGUGCUUUGUUGGAUUCUUGCUCUCAAUUGAAUUUCAUUACGGAUGAAUUUUCUCAAAAAUUGCACUUGCCUCGUAGAAAACAAACUACAGAAGUCGCUAGCAUUGGUAAUACUCAUAGUAAAACGAAAUAUAGGUCGUCAACAAAUGUGAAAUCUCGAGUUACUGAUUUUGAAGUGUCCCUUUCAUUUUGUGUCACACCUCAUAUUUCUUAUCAACCUGAUGCUGAAUUAGACGUCUCAACCUGGAAUUUGCCCCCAAAUACUCAGCUUGCAGAUGAAAACUUUUUCAAAUCAAAACGAAUUGACUUGCUUAUUGGUACAGAAACUUUCUUUGAUAUUUUGUCAGUUGGUCAAAUUAAACUUGGUCCGAAUUUGCCAAAAUUACAUAAAACUCUAUUUGGAUGGAUUGUAGCUGGUCGUUAUUUAUCAAACCAAUCGAACGAUACUGGUUCUUCUUGUAUGCUAUCGAUGGAAGAGGAAGUUGAUUUAAAAUUACAACGAUUGUGGGAAAUCGAAGAAAUUCAAUCUGGCUCAAAUACUUUGACUCCAGAACAAGCUGAUUGUGAAUCGUUUUUCAAUAAUACUGUCCAUCGUGAAUCUUCCGGUAGAAUUGUUGUUAAAUUACCAUUCAAAGAAUCCGCUGACACUUUAGGACUCUCGCGAAAUAUGGCUCUUAAAAGAUUUGCAUCUCAAGAGAGACGAUUUGCUCGUGACAGCAAUCUCAAAUCACAAUAUGUGAAUUUUAUGAAGGAGUAUGAAGAUUGUGGACAUAUGAGUCUUGUUCGUAGUCCCCGCUUAGAUGUGCCUCAUUAUUUCAUCCCUCACCAUUGUGUUUUCAAACCUAAUAGUACUUCAACAAAAUUAAGGGUGGUCUUCGAUGCGUCCUGUCCGUCAUCAUCUCAAAGGUCUCUCAAUGACAUUCUUAUGGUUGGUCCAACGAUUCAAGAUGAGCUGUACAAAAUUUUACUUCGUUUUCGUCUUCAUCGUUUCGUUAUUACAGCUGAUAUAGUAAAAAUGUAUCGGCAAGUGCUUAUUGACUCUUCCCAUAGAAAAUUCCAGUACAUUUUGUGGAGAAAUUCUGAAGAAGAAGAAAUUCGCACUUAUCAGUUGAAUACAGUUACCUAUGGAAUGUCUGCUGCUCCCUACCUAGCCAUUAAAAGUCUUCACUAUCUCGCAGACCAGUACAUGGACCAAUUCGAACUUGGUGCAAAAACUAUAAAGUCAUCAUUUUAUGUUGAUGAUUUUAUCGGUGGUGCAGAUUCAAUAGAAGAAUUGACUAAAAUUAAGACAGAGGUGAAUGAAAUUCUAAUUCGUGGUUCGUUUCAAUUGGACAAAUGGCACUCAAAUCAUAGAAGUUUUCAAGACGACAAAACUAUAAAAGAUCUAAAUAUUGAUGAAUUAGCUGUGACCAAUGCUCUUGGUAUUACUUGGGAUCAACAAAAAGAUGUAUUUCUAUUUUCGUUUACACCUAAAGUUCAAAUUGAUGGAAAAAUCACCAAAAGAACAAUUUUGUCGCUCUCGUCAUCACUUUUCGAUCCCUUAGGACUCUUAGCUCCGCUUAUUAUAAAAUCCAAAAUCAUCAUGCAAGAAUUGUGGAUUCUCAAAAUUGGCUGGGAUGAAUCUAUCCCUCAAGAACUACAUUUGGCUUGGGAAUAUUUUGUUUCUGAUCUCAAAACGUUAAAUUCCCUUGAAAUCCCUCGUUUUUGUCUCGCUGCUGAAUCUCAAUCAGUUCAACUUCAUGGCUUUUGUGACUCAUCAAUUCGCGCUUAUGGAUGCUGUUUCUACUUUCGUGUUAAAACUAAUUCAGGAAAUGUCUCUGUUCGUCUUUUUACUGCCAAAUCUAGAGUUGCCCCGACGAAAAGAAAAUCAUUGCCAAAACUUGAACUAUGUGGCGCACAACUUUUGGCUAAAUUAUACUCUAAAGUCAAAAAUCUUUUCGUGUCUCGUGGUUCAACUGUAGAAGAACUCGCUUCAUCUAUCUGGUUCAAUGGACCAGCAUUUCUCACUCUCGGUGCUAGUAAAUGGCCUCCUAAUAAAAUAGAUCAACUAUCCAUAGAAAAUCAACAAGAUAUCGACCGAGAAAAACGCAAAACUGUACUCUCCCUGGAAGCAACAUCUAAUUACAUUCUGGAUUCGGUUGAAAAUUAUAGCUCAUAUUUAAAAAUUAUUCGUAUUGUUGCGUGGAUGCUCCGUUUUUCUCAAAAAACAAAAACUAAUAUUUUCCAUUCUGAUUCUUUACAGCCCCAAGAAUUAGAAAACGCCUUGCUCAGAAUAGUUUUUAAUCUACAGCAACAUCAUUUUCAAGAUGAUAUACAACGAGCUCUGAAGAAAAAAGAUCCUCAAGGUGCACUAAAGUGUCUCAAUCCCUUCAUCGAUUCAUCAAAUGGAUUCAACUUGCUCAAAGUCGGUGGUCGCUUGGAAUUCGCAGCAAUUUCUGAAGGUCAAAAGCACCCUAUAAUCUUGCCCAGCAAAAAUCAUUUCGUCGACUGUUACGUGCGUCAUCUACACAUCAGCAACUACCACGCAGGACCCAAGGCUUUAAUGUCGUUAAUCCGCCAGAGAUUUUGGAUCAUCAAUUCAAGAAACCUAUGUCGUCGUAUCGUUAAUUCGUGCCCACAAUGCAUUCGUUAUCGCCCAAGGUUGCUUCAACAAAUGAUGGGCAAUUUGCCCGUAGAACGACUUAACCCUUCAAGGCCCUUCGCCAGAUGUGCUGUUGAUUUUUGUGGUCCAGUAAACACUUACCUAAGAAUUAGAGGGAAGGUACCAUACAAGACAUAUAUUGCUGUUUUUGUUUGUCUCGCAACUAAAGCAGUCCAUCUAGAAGUUGUAUCAGACUUAUCAACAGAUGCCUUUAUUGCUGCUCUUAAAAGGAUGAUUGGACGAAGAGGUCUACCCACAGAUAUAUUCUGUGACAAUGCCACCAAUUUUGUUGGUGCAAACUCUAAGUUGGCUCAACUAAAAUCGUUCCUUUUUGAUCCUAAAAAUUCCAAUUUUAUAAUAAAUUAUUGCUCAAAUCAAUUUAUUAAUUUUCGCUUUAUUCCCCCUAGGGCACCACAUUUUGGCGGAUUGUGGGAGGCGGCCGUCAAAUCGGCCAAGGGACACCUAACCAGGACCCUCGAUAACACAAGGCUCACAUAUGAGGAACUUGCAACUGCAAUGAUUGAUAUAGAAGCAAUUCUAAAUUCGAGGCCUAUUUCGCCCCUAUCAUCCGAUCCCAGUGACUUUGAAGCCCUUACACCAGGCCAUUUCCUGAUAGGCGCUCCCUUACGCAGUUUGCCAGAACGUGAUGUCCCUCCAAUUGAAAUCAAUAAACUUGAGUAUUGGGCCCGAAUAAGCGCCAUAAAACAACAUUUUUGGAAGAAGUGGUCCCACGACUACAUAAACGAGCUCCAGACCCGCAAUAAAUGGACUAGCACCAACUCAAAUAUUUGUACUGGCUCCCUAGUAAUCAUUAAAGAAGAUAAUUUACCACCGCAGCGUUGGCUCAUGGGUAAAAUCAUCAAUAUUGUUCGUGGUAGAGAUGAUCGAGUUCGAGUUGUCGACAUCAAAACAACAAAGGGAAUUAUACGUCGCCCUAUCCACAGACUGGCUUUACUAUUUUCUUGA